UUGACAGUACCUUUUAUAUCUAAAUGUUUGUGAUUUUUCUUAAAAAUAAAAGCAUAGACACUUUACUAUAUAGUUUCUCUCUCUAGAUUCAAAAUUCGAAAUUCAAACAAACAAACAGAGCAGACAGUACAACGAUGAUCUCGGGACUAUGUCACAACUGUUGCUUCAGCAUUGUCUUCUUAGCAUUAAUCUUAGUUUCAACUACGCCGUUUACUGAUGCUCAAUCCUGCAACGGCAUACUCAUCUCAUACGCCUACGGCGGCGGAGUUCGGUUACCGCCGAACGUCACCGAUCCCAAGAAGCAACCGUACCGGUUUGAAUCAACGUUGAGUGUUCUCAAUAACGGUCUCGACGAGCUCAAGUCAUGGAAAGUCUUCGUUGGAUUUCAGCACGACGAGUUUUUGGUUUCCGCCUCCGGUGCGGUCAUCUUCGACGGUACUUCCCUCCCCGCCGCCGUGGGGAACGGUACUGUUUUUGCUGGAUACCCGAUGACUGAUCUCAAGACUGCCAUUGAAACCGCCGGUGACUUGACUCAGAUGGAGGCUCAGAUCGAACUCGUCGGCACCGUCUUUGGGGUGGCGCCGCCUAGUGUUCCUUUGCCGUCCUCCAUUAAACUCGCUAAUGAUGGAUUCAUCUGUCGCCAAGCCGCCGGUCAAGGGAAGAAUGGGACUAAUGUGUGUUGCACAAGAGAUCCAAAGUUUAAAGCAAACAUCACUACAGAUGACAAGUUUCUGCCUCGUCAAAAUGGUGAUCUUACUAUUAUGUAUGAUGUGAUCAAAACUUAUGAUUCCAAUUACUGGGCAGAGGUUACUAUGGCUAACCAUAACCCUCUUGGAAGACUUGACAAUUGGAGAUUGAGCUGGGAUUGGAUGAAUGAUGAGUUUAUAUUUUCAAUGAAAGGUGCUUAUCCUUCUGUUGUCGAUGCUUCUGAUUGUAUCUUUGGUAAACAAGGUACAUUCUAUAAGGAUCUUGAUUUUGCUAAUGUAUUGAAUUGUGAGAGGAGGCCUACCAUUAUUGAUCUUCCUGCUACUAAGUUCAACGAUACUGAUGUUGGCAAAAUUCCUUCUUGUUGUCGGAACGGUACUAUAUUGCCGCCGUCCAUGGAUCCUAGUAUGUCUCUUUCGAGAUUCCAAAUGCAGGUUUUCAAAAUGCCGCCGGUACUUAACCGAUCUGAUCUUUCACCGCCACAGAACUGGAAGGUUAGUGGUUCGCUUAACCCUGACUACAAAUGUGGCCCUCCGGUUCGUGUAAGUCCUACCGAGAAUCCUGAUCCAACAGGGUUGCCAUUAAACAAAACUGUUUUUGCUAGUUGGCAGAUUGUGUGUAACAUAACAACAGCUAAAGGAACAUCGAGAAAAUGCUGUGUCUCAUUUUCAGCUUUUUACAAUGAAUCAGUUAUUCCAUGCAAAACUUGUGCAUGUGGAUGCCCUACGAACACGGAAAGAACAUGUAGUGCUACUGCACCUGCUAUGUGGCUUCCCCCGGAUGCACUCCUCGUUCCUUUCGAUAACCGAACUCUCAAGGCUUAUGCGUGGGCUAGACUGAAACAUCUACCGACUCCAAAACCAAUGCCUUGCAGUGAUAACUGUGGUGUGAGCAUUAACUGGCAUUUACUUACAGAUUAUAAUAAAGGAUGGAGUGCAAGGGUAACACUUUUCAAUUGGGGUGAGACUAAUUUUGCAGACUGGUUUGCUGCUGUUCAAAUGGACAAAGCAGCUGCAGGUUUUGAGAAAAUGUAUUCGUUCAACGCAACUGCGGUAGACAUAAAUGGUGUGAAUAAUACGAUAAUAAUGCAAGGUUUGGAAGGAUUGAACUACCUUGUGGGAGAAGUAGAUGGAGCCAACCCUUUGAGAGAUCCUAGGGUGCCUGGCAAACAACAGUCGGUUAUCUCAUUCACGAAGAAAACUACUCCUGGAAUCAAUGUCGUUCGCGGAGACGGGUUUCCAACUAAAGUGUUCUUCAAUGGAGAGGAAUGUUCUCUUCCUUCUGUGUUACCAACCAGUGCUUCCAGGAAUGGAUUUUCUUAUGCUACUUUGAAGCUUCUACCGCUGUUGAUAUUUGUCUUCGUGUGGUAAUAGUAGUUUUGUUAAUUUUGAUUUUGGCUCUGGCUCUGGCUUUCACAGGAUUUGAUUCAUAUAUUGACCUCAUCACAGAAACUGAUGAGAAAUAUCAGUGGACUGAGUCGUGAUGUCGUAACAUUCAUGCUUUGUGUCUGGUUUGGAUUCUGUUGAAAUCCUUGUUCAGCUGAUAUGAUUCUUUCAAACAUGUUAUAGAGAAGAUUGUAGAUCCGUGUUAGAUGAUAGAAAUAUAUUACUUGUUCUAUUGAAACUUUUAAUUAUUAUUAUUAUUUUGUUUCUUUCUUG